CUCACCCAAUAACAGUCUCAACAACAGUUCAUUCUCAUAGCACCAUGGCUCCCAAGGUUGUGUUAUUUGCCGCCCUUGUGGCUGCAGCAUUUGCCAGGCCAGAUCCACAGUACAGCUCCCCCACUCCUGCAUACAACCCCCCUGCCCCCUCCUACAAUGCUCCAGCUCAUCCAAGACCUUCCUAUUCUGCUGCCCCAGCUUAUCCUGACACUCCUCCCCAAUACAACUCCCAGUACGCCGUGAGGGACGACUACUCCGGCAACGACUACGGCCAUGAAGAAUCCCGUGAUGGCUACAACACCCAGGGUACCUACUCUGUGUUGCUUCCCGACGGUCGUGUGCAGAGGGUGACUUACUACGUCGACGGUGACUCCGGCUACGUGGCUGAGGUGACCUACGAGGGUGAGGCCCAGUACCCAGCCUACCAUCCCGCCCCAGCACCCUCCUACAGGCCUGCUCCUGCGCCCUCCUACACGCCAGCACCCAGCUAUGCCUAAAUUGAAUUGAAAAACUACAGUGAAUUUCAUGUUGACCAUUGAAUUUAUAUACUAAAUGAUCUGAAUAAAACUAAUGUAUAAAAUUAUGGCUUUAAUAUCGUCAUAGAAUGAAGGACACAUCUAUGUUCUUUUUGACCUAAUAACAAUAGUCACUAACACAUUGUAUAGUGUUUAAAGGCGAAGCUCUCUGAGAGUAUACAGUAUGUAUCUUCAUGCAAGGCGAAUCGUGUUAACAAAAGUGUAGAAACACUCAGCUGCCUCCAUCUUCUUCCUGCUGCAAGGCUGAGGCCAAGUACCAUGAUCACCAGCCCGCCCCAACACCCUCUUACACUUAGAGGCUUAGACCAUCACUCUGAACCCCUGACAUGUUAUGGGAAGGAUAUUUAUUUAUUUAAAUUUU